AUGAGAAUCUUUCUCUACCUACUCGUAGUAGUGUUCCUCAUCUCAUCAUCUGUUAACGCAUGUGACAGAUGCGUUCAUAGUUCUAAAACAGCUUAUUUCUCAUCUGGCUACGAUGUCUCUUCCGGGGCUUGUACUUAUGGCACUCUUAUGCCUACAAGAUUGUAUACCGCCCACUUUGCAGCGGCUACACCUUCCAUUUACAAACAUGGUGCUGCCUGUGGAGCUUGCUUUCAAGUUAGAUGCAAGAACCCGAAGCUGUGUACAAGUAAAGGAACCUUUGUGAUGGUCACAGACAUGAACAAGAUCAACAACCAAACCGAUCUUGUCCUUAGUAAUAGAGCUUUUAGGGCUAUGGCUAAACCUGUUAGAGGUGCUGACAGGUACCUUCUCAAACAAGGCAUCGUCGAUGUUGAAUACCAAAGAGUUCCUUGCAACUACGGCAAAAGGAAUUUGAACGUGAGAGUUGAAGAAAGAAGCGCAAAGGUAGAGCCAUACUUCUUGGAGAUAAUGCCUUUGUACCAAGGAGGCCAAACCGAAGUGGUAGGUAUCGACGUUGCGCAAGUUGGUUCGUCACAAUGGAUUAACAUGAUAAGAAGCGACGGAGCCGCGUGGGGUACUGACAAAGUACCAACCGGAGCUUUACAGUUUAGGUUUACGGUGACCGGCGGCAAAAAAAUUUGGGCCAAAAGAGCUCUCCCAGCCAACUGGGAAAUUCAGAGGAUCUAUGAUACCGGCGUUCAGAUCACUGACAUUGCUCAAGAACGUUGUGAUACAUGCAGUAACAUAUGGAAGUGA